AAUAUUUAAGCUGAAAUGCUUCAUGCUGAUUGUUUAAAUGCACUGAUCUAAAUGUGUUGUAUCAAGCAUCUUUAAAAAUCACACUAUACAUAUAUUUCGCACUUUAUUUUAUCGUCUUUUUGACUGCAGCGCGGUAUUUCUGUCGGAUGUACGCCAUCUAACGGUUGAAAUGGUUACAAAUUUGAAACUUAUUCGGAAAUACAUGUUUUAUUUAAAAUGCGAGAGUACAAAACAACUACUGUAUAUACAGUAUGGAGACAACAGCAGAGAAUCACUCUUACUCUGCAAUCGAGGGACGGACAUUGCGUGUCCCAAAGAAAGAUGAAAACUCAGAUAAAGGGAGGAGGUGUAUGACUUCAUCUUUUUCUAUUUUCCCCCCCUUCAGGUAAGACGCAUUUAAGGAAGUUGCCUAGUAAUAAAUCUGCAUGCCAUACAAGCAUACCUAGUUCUCUCUCACAUAAACAUGCAUCCCGUUUCAGAUGUAUGCAGUCCUCAGUAAGUUUACUAUUUGACAACACUUGAUGGGUGAUCUAACAUGCUUCAAGUCCAAUGAAAAAGCAUGGAUAACAGAAAGACAGUGCAUGUUCCUCAGCUUAGCAACGAAAUGCAGCUGAAUGUCAUGAACUGGGUGAAAUCAGGCCAAAUGAGUAUCGAUGAAGCUUUGAUGCGGGCUAACAAUGGCAUGUUACACAAGCAGAGGAACCCUGAGCCGGAGGAAAAACAGUCACGGUACAACUUCAGUGUUCGUAAGUUCAACCGGUACAUAUGGCAGAAACGGGUGUUGCAGAUUGAUUUCAGCACAAGCCUUUUGUGCAGCAUCGAGAAAGGCAUUGUGAAACGACAGCUCUGUUUUUCUGAGGUGAAAAACUGCCACGAUGCACCAGGUACCAGGUUCUCGAUUUCGUUUAGAGAUCGUUCUGACUAUGAGCUGGAAGCGGCGUCCUUAGAGGACAAGCAGCAGAUCAUGCAGCUGGUAAAUCAGGUCAUCUUCAAUAACAUCUACAGCCUUCUCGAGAAUGUGAACUCGGUUGAAAUGCAAACUGAACACCUGCCUCCCACUCCUGACAGUCUCAAAGAGGGCCACCUACUACUGCAGAGAGGAGGACUGGCAUCAUUCAAAUGGAAGAAAUACGAGGCUAAUCUUCAGCCUGGUCAGCUGACCUUGUUCCCAGUCAUUCAGCAGUCUUCCAGUAGUGACGCAGGUGUGUCUGUUUCCUCCAGCGAUUUUGUCUGGAGUCUCUCAGACAUUUACACCAGUGUGGAUGAUAUGAGGUGUACUGGGGGUGAUGGGGCAGCUCUUGUCAUCCAUCUCUCCGACGGUAAUGUCAGGGUGGACAUCCCCUGCAACACAGACACCUUCACGCUGCACAACGACAAGAAUGACUUUGUGUUCCGAAUACCAAAAAGUGACCACAUAACCCCAGAGGCUAUAAAAAAUGAGCGAGAUGCCUGGGUCAAAGCGAUCAAACAGCUAUGUGUGGACUGGAAAAGAAAGUCACAUCUUGAACACUUCUAUGAAGCCCCGGAAAAAGAUCUCAAGGAUGUUACAGAGUCAGAAAGUAAGACUCCGGACAACCACGAGCCGCUUGCACCUCCACCGGUGCCACCUUCAUUGAGACCACGCUUGCCCAGAACAUCCCCGAUUGUUCCUGCAGCUUUUUCAGCAGCACCAGACCCAGAAACGGCUUCCCUGGAAGCAUCAGAAGCAGAACCGCAGCCAACCCUUACAGCACAGAACAGAGCUGUGCACAAGCCAGACCGGAUGCCCUCAGCAGUGCCUGUGACCUCACCAGAAGCCACAUGCUCAUCACCGGCUCCGUUUGUUUUGCCCCCGCCGUUGCCUGUGCCAUCAGCAGUGCCAGGUCCUGUCCCUCCUGCCCCUUUGCCCCCUCCGCUGCCCAUCAAAUCCAAGCCGCUUUCAGAGAGGACAAAAGCUUUUCACUGGGACCUGGUGGCUCAGGAUAAGAUAGGGAAGUCGAUGUGGUCUUGCAGGAACCCCAGGAAGAUUGACAUUGACACCUCGCGUUUGUAUGAGCUGUUUGGAGUGAAAGACACGGCACGCAUUGCCAGAUCAGAGUCCAUCAGUACUAUGGAAAUCAUGUUAAACUCAAAGAUCGCUCACAACUUCAAUAUUUUUCUCAGAAGUUUCCCUGUGCAUCCAAAAGAGCUCAAGGACAAAUUAUUGAUUAUAAAUGAAGAGGAAGGGGGUCUCUCUGACGAGCAUAUUGCCUCUCUCAGGAGAUACAUGCCCACCCCAGAUGACACUGAGAUGUAUAAAUCUCACAAAGGAGACCCGAGUGAGCUGCAUGUGGUGGACCAGUACAUGAUGGAGAUGUGCAACAUCCCUAACCUCAGCGCCCGUCUGGACCUGCUGCUCACAUUGCGAGAGCUGCCCAUCUGUAUGGAGGACCUCACACCGCUGAUUAUCCAGAAGAUCCGCAUGUGCCAGCAGCUGUGGGCUUGUGACUCAUUUGUCAGCGUGCUGGAGUACCUUCUGGCCGUGGGCAAUUACCUCAACCAGAACGCAGGCAAGGACAGGGCCAAGGGAUUUCGCCUCUCAUCCUUAACUAAGCUUUCUCAGCUGCGCGGGAACAAUCGGAAGUUCACCUUGCUGCAUGCCCUUGUGGAGCAGAUCAUGUUACGAGAACCACGUUUGGCCACCUUUUUCCUGGAGCUUGCAGAAUUCGAGACUGUUCCUGGAGCUUCAGUGAAAGGUCUGACAGCAGAGGUGGAUGUAGUGAAGAAUGAAUUUCAGAAGAUUGUCCAGUACAGGAAAACAUACAGUAAAAGUAAAAACGAAGUCAAUCAGCACCCCAAAUUCUUCAAAGACUUAAAGGCGGCCAUCGAGAAGCAUGAGGCCGAUCUCAGACAGCUGAUGAAGAGGUGUGAGGAGAUGAGGAAGCUCUACACUGACAUAUUGAUAAAAUUUGGAGAGCCUUUGGAUCAAGACUCCCAAGAAGUUUUUGGGUGGAUUUGCCAAUUUAUCGGUGACUUUAAGAAGGUGUACUCUGAAUACGCUCAAUGAAGCUGAUUUUCAUUCACUUCUGGAACAGUAGGUGUUUGUUUGUCUGAAUUUGCACCUGCUAUCAAGCAUGUCCUACAGUUUCAUUUGGGAAGGUUGAUUGGAGCGUAUGUAGAAACAGUCUUAACUGCAGACUGCGACCGAUGUUUUCUGGAUCUUCUCCAGUGCUGGUGUUCAGUUUGAUUAAGUCUUGGCGAGCCGGGUCCUGUGCUGCUUUGACCUGGAGCUCCACCAAACUGCUCGUUUCUCAGACCUUUUCUGACGGCGCAUAUCAUUUUGCUUCUGCGAGAGUGUAGCUAUAAUGGAUGUCGCUGGUAAACUCACAGAUGGCUGGUGUGAAAGAGGCGUUCUGGUUCAGACAGCCAGUUGUAUCGCAGACUCUCUCUGUGGUCGUGAGCGCCUGUGUGUUUUCUGGAAGAUACAGAGUCGAUUCCUCCGUGGCAGUUCAGCAGAGGACAUCUGCAUUUCACAAGAUUCAAAACAGACUCCUCGUUUUCCCUUCGAGGAUUUCAUUCAGUAAAUAAAGAGGACGAAUAAAAGAGGAAGAAACAAAUCUCUUUUUGGAGUCCCUUUGCAUAACACUACAUGCUCGUUCCUGUGUAAUCCCUUUGUAAUGAACAACCAUUGCAGUUUGUCCACCGUUGAAGUCUGUCAUCAUUUACUGUCACGUCAUGGAUUUCUUUCUUCUGUGAAACACAAAAAGGGAUGUCCAGCAGUACGUUUAGGCUUUUAUUAAGCACUAUAUUUGUGGACUAAUGUCAAUAACCGGUUCCUUUAAAUCAUAUACAGUAAAGCAGCACAGUAGCAACAUAGCUGUGUAAAUAUGACCUUGUGACCUAUUUGUUGUCUGCUACAGAAAUACAGAUUCAUUGUAUACAAUAUAACAAGCCUUGCAGCAGGGCACAUAAAGUAUUCUGUGUACCAUUUCAUGACCUGCAAGAGUUUGCCAGCUCAAAUUCUCUGCUUAGUCAGACAUAAAAUGCUUUCCUUCUGCAUUGUGGCAAAAAUUGAGAUUUAUGUAUUUUUCUCUUUUUCUUUUUUUUUUGUAAAAAUGGAGCACGGUGUGCCCUUGACUGCACAGGCAAUGAUGAUUUCAUUCAUUAAAGAAAUGUGUUUAUGCUAGAACACUAAAAGAAUUUAAUCAAACACGCUUAAUUUGUCUCCCAAAGCAGUGAUUUGCAUUAAUAGACGUUUUAAUUUGCACUUUUAUAAAUAAAUAAAAAAUGAG